AUGACAGAGUAUAUCUCAGUCAUCCCUGACGAUAUUCAGCCUGGCGCGGAGCACCGCUACCUCCGGCUCCCUCACCCACGUACAGGCGCCUCACAGCUGUACCUCCCCUAUAACACAGGCAACGGAGGAUUGUGUGAGGCCAUCAAGGUAGGCGGGGCGAAGGGCCGGACGUGGUUCAUCGGCGACGACAACAUUUCCCAGGGGAGCUUGCUGGUACACAACCCCAUCGACCCACUCUUUGUCGCUAUCCCUAUUGUGCUAGCGCUGCUUCCCAGCGACGACCGCACCGCCCCGUUCCAACCCCUGCCCGACCUCCUGGCCACCGCUGCUGGAUCCGAAGCGUUUGCUCUCAAGCCUGCGUUCUCCCCCACUGCCAACGCUGAGCUGUGGAACCCCGACAUGUCCCGCCUGGUCGAGCACAAGCCCUUCCGCCGCGCCUUCCGCGCUUGCUGUGACCGCAAACUUAUCGAGGCUGUCGCCCAGGAAGGCGAGACGUCCAAAGCCAAAGACAGGGCAUACUAUCGUCCUUCGCGCGAUGCUAUUCUGCGUCUACUCAAAUUCAAGGUCGACAACUUGGCCCACAGCAAGGAGUUUGGCAAGUUUGACCACUUGGUCCGUGGGCUCGGCCGUGACGGGCUCUUGACCGCCGGCAGUGAUGAGAAGCUGGUAACUGCUGCUAGGACCAAGGCGUCCAUUGAUCAGAUCGCAAACUACCUGCCACCAGUCCUUUUGCCGCUCCUCGUCAAGGAAUACGACUUUGCGGCACUCGACGAAUACCUGAGAGACCGCGCGGCGGCCGCCGUGGCUGCCGCUGCUCCUGUUAUCAACGGCAAGGGCAAAGACAAGGGCGGAGCGGCAGCCAAGCGUAAGGCUGCGAGCCAGAACAGCCGUGGAGUGGAGGCUCUCAAAAAGGUCAAGACGGAGGGCAUGUCCAAGAUGACUAGCUUUUUCAAGCCAAAGGAGAAGAAGUAG